AUGACAGACGCAGAAUCUAAGGCCCUUAAACAACAUAUUGAAGAGGAAUUGGCCACAGGAAAGAUCCGACCCAGCACUUCCUCCGCAGGCGCCCCGGUAAUGUUUGUCAAAAAGGCAGAUGGCUCUCUCAGAUUGGUAGUCGACUAUAGGAAGUUGAAUGACGUCACUCAUAAAAACGUCUACCCGCUCCCCAGGCAAGACAACCUCAUGGCCAAAUUAAGGCAUGCUAAGAUGUUCACCAAACUGGAUCUACGCUGGGGUUAUAACAAUGUCCGGAUUAAGGAAGGAGACAAAUGGAAGACGGCUUUCAGAACAAAAUACGGGUUAUUUGAAUACCUGGUGAUGCCCUUUGGCCUUACCAAUGCCCCAGCCGCCUUCCAACACUUCAUGAAUGACUUGUUUAGGGACCUCAUCGACGUCACUGUGGUUAUCUACUUGGACGAUAUCUUGAUCUUCUCAGAAGACCCCAAGGACCACCCAACCCAUGUCAGGGAAGUUCUAUCACGGUUGAUGAAAAACCAGUUGUUCUGCAAACUCUCCAAGUGCCACUUCCAUGUCACAACAGUGGACUACCUUGGUAUCGUCAUCUCACCAGCUGGGUUCUCAAUGGACCAAAAGAAAAUUGAGGCGGUUACGUCGUGGCCCCAACCCAGAACGGUCAAGCAGGUCCAGGCCUUUUUAGGAUUUGUCAAUUACCUCAGACGCUUCAUUCCCAACUUCAGCUCUGUCGCGCGCCCCCUGCACAACCUUACCAAAAAGGAAUCACCGUGGUCAUGGGACGUAUUGGAAGAACAGGCUUUCCAAGAAUUAAAGGCAUUAGUCACCAAAGCACCAGUUCUGAUCCACUCGAACCCCAACUUGCCUUACUAUCUGGAAACGGACGCAUCAGGGGUAGCAAUGGGAGCUAUACUCAGCCAACAAGGUCCAGAUAAUUGGUUGCACCCAGUAGCAUAUAUGUCUAAAUCCUUUUCCGGGGCUGAAGCUAAUUAUGAUACCCACAAUAAGGAGCUCCUAGCAAUCAUCAAGGCCCUGGAGGAAUGGCGCAUUUUCCUAGAAGCAACAGACAAGCCAAUCCAGGUUUUCACAGAUCACAGGAACCUGGAAUACUGGAUGCAGGCACGGACUUUUAACCGCAGACACGCACGUUGGCACAUCUUCCUGAGCAACUUUAACUUUGAGAUCCACUACCGCCCCGGAAAACAGUCAGGAAAGCCAGACGCCCUAUCCAGACGAUCGGACUAUGUUGAUUCCCCCCAGAAGCCAGAAGUCAUGUUACCAGCAGAAGUCUUUGCCAACACAUCAGAAACGGAGCUCAAGAUUGUCACAGAAAUCCGAGAUAAGCUGAAAGAUGACCCAUCCCUAGAACCUAUUAUCCAAUUCCUGACAGAAGAUGCGGACAAUGCACCUCCAUCUAUUAGGAAAGCCUAUUGGGACUAUGAUUGGGAAGAAGAUCUCCUAUGGUACCGCGGAAAACUGGUGGUCCCAGACUCAGAGCUCAUCAAGGAACAAUUGCUUAAAGAAUUCCACGAUUCCCCCCUGGCAGGACACCCCGGGCAACAAAGAACCCUAGAGCUCCUGAACCGUAACUACUGGUGGCCAGGAAUGAAGUCAUCCGCUAAGGAAUGGGUGGAAUGCUGUCCUACCUGCCAAGCUAAUCGCCGCGCACACGCUCCUGUGAUCUCCCUAAAGCCCUUAGAAGUCCCCCUGUUUCCCUUCCACACAAUAUCCUACGACUUCAUCACAGGAUUCCCCAAGUUGAACGGAUACAAUGCAAUCCUAGUGGUAAUUGACUCCUUCUCUAAGUUUGGUCACUUCAUCCCAACCACAAAAAAGGUCACAGCCAAGGGACUAGCAGACCUGUUCAUCACCCAUGUUUGGAAGUUACACGGAUUACCGGUCAAAACAGUCUCAGACCGCGGAACAACGUUCACAGGGAAAUUCCUAAGAGCACUGUACCAACGCCUUGGAAUCAACCCAGCCUUCUCCUCAGCCUACCACCUGGAGUCGGACGGACAGACAGAGAGGGUGAACCAAUUCAUUGAGUUCUACCUCAGAUCCUACGUUGCAGCAGACCAUUCAGACUGGGCUACCUGGUUACCGUUAGCAGAAUACGCGUACAACAACGCUAGACACUUGGCUACUGGGAAAACCCCCUUUGAACUUGUCUACGGAAGAGAUCCCAUCAUGAAUCCAUCCAACGUACCGGCAAAUGUCCCAGAAGCCGACCACGUAGCUGACACCCUAGCUCAAGAAUGGAAGGAGGCGGAAUCCGCUCUAAGGCUAACAAAGGAAAGGAUGGCAGGGAUCAAGGGAAUAACUCCAGAAUAUGCAAUUGGCAAAAAAGUAUGGCUGGAUGGAAAAAACGUGGAGCUCAGAACCAACUCCAACAAAUUGGACCCUAAGAGACUAGGCCCAUUCGAAGUCCUAGAGCAAAUAUCCAGCCACGUGUACCGCCUGAGGCUUCCGGAUACCUUGAAAAUUCACAACGUAUUCUAUGUAGGGCUGCUAUCCAAAGUUCAUGAAUUGCCCAGUCAACCCUUCCCGGAACAACCCCCUCCAGAAACAAUUGAAGGGGAAGAAGAAUAUGAGGUGGAGCAGAUCAUUGACUCCAAAAGACAACAAGGGAAAUGGUUCUACUUAAUCAAAUGGAAAGGUUACAGACCAGAAGACAAUUUGUGGGAACCAGAAGAACUCCUGGAGCACAGCCAGGAGGAAAUUCAACGCUUCAACAAGUCACGACUGAAAAAGGCUUGUGUCGCCGCCAAGAGCCUUUAA